UCAGUUUCAGGAUGGAAGUUCUGGUGUGGUGGUGCGUUGGUAUCUCCACAAUGGGUUCUUACCGCUGCACAUUGUUUUUACGUUGAGAAAAAUACUACAAAUAGGGUUUGGUUUGAACAAGACAUAAAGACACUCGCAAAGUUUAAAAUCAAAGUUGGUGAUCAUGAUUUAAGAAGCUAUGAAUCAUCAGAACAAGAACAUCAAUUCCAAGAAAUAUUUGUACAUCCCGACUACAGGCAUGAUCCCAUCUUUGAGAACGAUAUCGCUUUAGUUAAACUAAACCGUGAAGUCAUUCUCGGCCCGUAUGUGCGCACUGUUUGUCUUCCUGGACCUGACCUGKACCUUGCUAAACCAGGUACAGCAGGAAUGGUUGCUGGAUGGGGAAUUACUGAAUCAAGUUAUGGUUCUUCGUUUCUUCGCUACUCCUCRUUUACCAUCRAGACARACAAUGUUUGUGGGAGAGYAAUAAACGUAUACUACAACAAGACAGUAGCAUUUUGUGCAAGUGAUGUUAAAGGACACAGCGCGCCAUGUUACGGUGACAGUGGAGGKAGUAUGGUAMGAAAGUUGUUUCUAAAUGGAAAAUACCGAUUUGUAACAAUUGGUUUAGUCAGUUGGGGUGGAUGUACUCUAGGAAGUCAUUAUGGGUUCUACACAAGACUGCAGCCAUUCUUACCGUGGAUUUAUCAUAAAGUCAAUUCUACCUGCAUUGGUCCUGRUCAGCUAACAAAUGGUGUAGUCAAUUCAACCAGGAGCAUAUAUCAGCCAAAUGAAGCCAUAAGGUUUACAUGCAACAUAAACUACACGAGAAUUGGAAAAUCAGAACUGAUCUGUCAACGAGAUGGAACUUGGAAUGGAUAUAAGCCAAUAUGCUUAGAGGUAAGUUGUACCAACUUCUAUCACCCUGGAGACGGCAGGAAAAAACCUAAACAAAGCAAGUUCUUACCCGGAAUGAAAAUCAUUAUUGAAUGUAAAAAAGGUUACACACUACUUGGAAAGUCAUCUCUCAUUUGCCAAAGCGAUGGUUCUUGGGAUGUACAUUGGCCAUAUUGCUUAGCGCCAUGUCCGAGACCCACACAACCAAAAAAUGGCAUGCAGGUUCAAAUUGGUGACAGUUUUAUGCAUGGUCAAAGAGUUAGGUUUCGGUGUAACACCGGUCUUAAACGUAUUGGUUUAUCUAUUACUACGUGCAUUAACGGGAAAUGGACCAAUAAAACUCCAAAAUGUGUUGCUCCAUGUCCCGAUCCUGGUACACCAAUUAAUGGUCAUCGAUACAACCAUUCUUUCCAACAUGGUGACCAAGUCAUGUUUUCUUGCGAAAAGGGAAAGUAUUUGAUUGGAAGAAAGAUUAUUACAUGCAGUGAUGGACGAUGGGAUCAGAUGACACCAAAAUGCUCAGAUAACAGGAACUGUCAACUGGGAAACAUACCAAAUGGGAUUAUUACCAAUAAGGUCUUUAAACACAGAGACAAAAUAUCUAUUCGCUGUCGUGAUGGUUUUAGAAUCAAGGGUAGUCCAGAAUUGAUAUGCUACAAUGGACAAUGGACCAAUCGAAAACCGAUAUGUGUUGGUGUUUGUGCUCCUCUUAGUCAUCCAAAGAACGGUCAAAUGUUGGAUUUUAAUUUCGACUAUGGUUCCACGGUACGAUUUCGCUGUAACUAUGGAUUUUCUCUGCGAGGUCCAGAAAAUGUGACUUGUUACAAUGGGAAAUGGAAUAGCAAAGCGCCAUCAUGCAGAGCUGACUGUUUAGAUCCAGGACGUCCUACUAACGGAGAAAGACAAGGAGAUCUUUUCACUGAUCUACAGACAGUGAGCUUUUCUUGCAAAAGUAAUUUCACGAUGAUUGGUUCCUCCAAAAUACAAUGUAAUGAUGGAAAGUGGACUGAUAGAAUACCGGAUUGUACAGAGUGCGGCUCUCCACUUGGAAUGGAGAACGGAAAGAUUCCAGUUAAAAACAUUCGAGCUUCUUCAACGUGGAGCAAUCGUUAUGAUGUAAGAUACGCUCGUUUGAACAGCUACAGUGCCUGGUGUUUAGGAGCUUUAAACAAAUCACCUUAUCUGGAAAUAGACCUUACGAAACCUUACAGGAUAACGUACAUAGCUACGCAGGGGAACGCCCUUGAUAAUCAAUGGGAGACGAAGUACACUUUAAGCCAUACUUUGCGGGCAAAGUCAUCAUUUAUAGAAUACAGGGAAAAUAACAGAGUAAAGAUAUUCAACGGCAAUAGCGAUGCAACAGCUGUAGUCUGGCACAAAUUGAAGAAUUUGCUCAUAGCGAGGAAGGUGCGUUUUCACCCAAUUGGGUAUAGAUUUUCUGGAUAUCUGUUCAAAAGGUCGUGCAUGCGAGUGGAGAUAUACGGAUGUAGCCUUCCUACUGAUUGUGUGAUGGUUGGGUCACGUGUGCUGGGAAGGUGGGCCAGUCUCUACCAUGGUGGUGAUGUGUACUACAAAUCAUACGUAAAAACCAUCGAUGACACAUACGAUGAGGUUGACUUAGAAAUAGAAGAUGACGACCAUCACGACGAUAGAUUUAAAGCAUUGUCAAAGACGCUCGUUGUACUGGACGUCCCCAAUAAUCAAUUGAACUUACCACGUGGCACAAAAGUAUUGGCACCGUGGAGAAAGAAGUACUACACUGGAACCAUUGAAAGAAAAGUGAGAAAUUAUUAUCAAGUACGCUUCGAUUUUAACACACGUGCUUGGAUUCUUAAGAGAGAAAUAAGGUUACUUAAGCCUACACAGUUUUGUGAGAGAUAAUUUCGAUACUUUAUUCAAACAAAACACUAGUGAAAUGUUCAAAUCAUCAAGGUUUAUAGACAAAUAAAAAAGUAAAUACACCGG